GGUUGUUACUAAGUCCGUUAAUUCCAUCACUAUUUUAAGGGGUUAAGAGAUAACCAAAUUUAGAGGUUUGAUGUCAUCCCAAGCCAGAAAAAUGCAAACUAUCAGGCAGAUGCCAACACGAAUAAGCAAGUUUGCUAGAUAAACAUGGAAGUUAUCUCCAAGAUGAAUAUAAAUACCACUCGAGUAUGCCUCAGUCGAAGAGAUGCUCUUGACAACCCAGACAACCAUCACAUCACUAGAACUUCACAUCUCCAAUCAUCGUCACGCAAAAUUAUUGUGAUAACACCAAUUCACCGCGAAAAUGACGGCUACUACGCAUCCCGAGUUUAACGACAAGACAGAAGCCCUAGAGGUAGCCAAGGCUUUUGCUGAAGGGGUUCACGGCAAGACCGUACUUGUGACAGGUGUCAACCCCAAAGGGAUUGGAUUCGCAACGUGCCAGGCUUUUGCCUCCCAAUCUCCAGCCCACUUGAUCCUCGCUAGUCGUACCCUAUCCAAGACUCAGGAGACUAUCGACACUCUCAAAGCCCAGUAUCCCGAUGUUGACUACCGCCCCCUCAUAUUGAAUCUCUCCUCUCAGAAAUCUGUCCGAGAGGCUGCCGCCGAGUUCUUGUCCUGGUCUGAUGUCCCGACUCUUGACAUUGUAGUGAAUAAUGCGGCCGUCAUGAACAUCCCGGAGCUCACACUUAGCGAGGAUGGGAUCGAGAUUCAGUUCGCGACUAACCACGUCGGACACUUUUUAUUCACUUCUUUGGUUAUGCCGAAAAUCAUCAAGGCUGCGGAGAGAAAUCCCAAGGGACUUACACGCGUUAUCAACGUCACUUCUCUGUCUCCUACCAUGGGUGUCUUCAGGUGGAGCGACAUCCACUAUCAGAAGAAAAACAAAGACCUUCCCGAGGAAGAACGACCCCCUUUCGACAUUCACAGAGCGUGGGGCGAGGUCGACCCCGAAGAAAACUCGUAUCUUCCGCUCGAGGGUUAUAACCAGGGCAAAAUAGGGAAUGUAUUGUUCAGUGUUGCUUUGAACAACAAGUUGUAUGAGAAAUACGGAAUCUUGAGCAUGGCUGUCCACCCGGGAAUGAUCCCUACCGAACUAUCGAGAGAAGCUGCGCCAAGGACUUGGGACGCGAUCAAGCGAAUGGCUGAGUCCUCGCGUUUCAGCUACAGAACCCAGGGUGCAGGAGCAUCUACAAGCCUUACAGCUGCGCUGGACCCGAAAUUGGCAAUGCCUGAGAGUAGAGACGGCAAGGAGAACUACGGUGUCUACCUUAUGGACUGUCAAAUUUCCGACAAGGCGCUUCCCGGCUCAGUCUCGAGCGAGAAGGCCGAGCGUCUGUGGAAGCUCUCGGAAGAGUUGGUUAAGGAAAAGUUUGAUUGGUAAAGGAACCAAAUUUGGAUCUCAUUCAUGUAACACCACUCUCCUCCACGCCACUUUUUAUAACUAACCUUACAAUUCUUCAUCCAUAAAUU